AUGCUGUUGCUUGAUUGCAAUCUGGGGACGGAGGGUCUGAAGCAUCUGCUGGACACGGGGACUUCCGUGAACGCACCCUUGGAUCCCUGCGAACAGUCGCCUGUCCACUUGGCCGCUAGUGGAGGUCUUGCUUGCUUUCUUCUCUGGCAGCUGCAAACAGGCGCUGACCUCAACCAACAGGAUAGUUUUGGAGAAACUCCACUACACAAGGCAGCAAAAGUUGGGAGCCUGGAAUGUCUUAGCCUGCUUGUAGCCAGAAAUGCCCAAAUUGAUUUAUGUAAUAAGAAUGGGCAAACAGCUGAAGAUCUUGCUUGGUCAUACGGAUUUUUGGAAUGUGCCAAGUUUCUCACCACAAUCAAAAGUAUGCAGACUGUAAAAUCAAGUGAACCCUCCAAUAGGAGUCACUGUGUCCCAGUGCUCAGACAGAAACGAAGUUUUAGAAGUUCUGAAAAUAGAAAUGGGAAAAAGAGGUGUUGGUAA